UUGAGCGAGGGAGAAAAAGGUCUGUGUGCACGUCCGUGUUCUUUUGAUGCUUGGUAGUAUUACAGUAGAAUGACUCCACUGUCAUUGGUUGAAUAGGCCGGACUGCCUACUGUGACAGAAUACGGGCCUCUCAUACCCAAAAGGAAGGCAGUGUCGCUUCUUUAAGCAGAAAAAAAGUGGGGCCAAAAAUGAAGGCGCUGCACUCGUAAUAAAGCUUUACUUUCUGUAUGAUGCAGUGGAAUAGCCCCUCUGUAGGAAAAUAAGCUGAGCACAGUCCUGCCGGGCAUGAUGAUAAGUUGAUGAGGACAGUCUGUGAUGCGUCUAGACUCCGAGCCGUGGUGGAUCUAGAAUCCAUGUCAGGUUUUAGUGUAGACCUGCGCUCAGACAGCUCCUGCAGUCGGCAGCCUGGUAUCAACUGCACUGGCGCUGUUCACUGGAAGCCCGCUCAGCGCUGCUUCCUCCAAGUGUCUCAACACUGUGAGCGGGAUCUUUACCAGAGGCUAGCCGCUGAAACUUGCCCAGUCCCCACACAGUAUCAUUCAGGGGAGCCAGGAGAGCAGCACCGGCGGCGGCUACAGUAGCGGAGAGAGAUCUUCGUCUUCUCCCCUCCACCAGACACUGAAAAGCCCCACUCUUGUCUGUCCCUCUCAGUCACUCAAGUCCUUGUUUUUUUGGUCCCCGAGCUUCGCUUCUCUUUGACUCUUGUUGUUACCGCUGCUGCUGCUGCUGCUGCUGCGUCGGGGAGUGAGGGCGCACGCACAGGGAGAGCCGAGACUGUAUGAGCCGCUCAGAGGUGUGCAUGAGGUGGCUGAUGAGUUAGGACUGAGCUCAGAGCAACACCUUGCGUGCCAUGGAAGUGUGCGCUCGGUGCAGGGGAAUGUACGGGCAGAAAAGGAGACCUGCCGCUUGAAAGCCAGCCUCUGUCCCAGACAAGGCGAGCAUGCCUGAGACCUGCAGACUCACUCUCUUCGCUGCAGAGGAGUUCACAUCAGACUGCCUUUCCACAAUCUGACAUUUUUUAAACGAAUCUUUUUUAUACAGCUCACAGUUUCCUACUCACUGUCUUCAAUCAAGCCCCGCGUGGCUACACUGCUUUUCGAGAAAGGUUAGAGGAUCAAUGAUGAGCAUCUCUGAGACCACUUGGCUUGGACUUUUCUAAUCAGAACCUGUUAGUCACAACACAAAUCUGCCACACAACAUCAACACCUGGCACCAUGUCUUGCUCCCUGUGGAAACUACCCACUUUCUGCUGGUUUCUCAUCACUCUAGCCCAAGUACACUCCACAGAGGGGUUUAGUCGAGCUGCCCUGCCAUUUGGUUUAGUGCGGAGAGAGCUGUCUUGUGAGGGUUACCCCAUUGAUUUGCGGUGUCCAGGAAGUGAUGUCAUUAUGAUCGAAAGUGCCAACUAUGGCCGAACGGACGACAAGAUCUGCGAUGCCGACCCUUUCCAGAUGGAGAACAUAAACUGCUAUCUUCCAGACGCCUACAAGAUCAUGUCACAAAGAUGCAACAAUCGGACCCAGUGCAUUGUAAUCACGGGUUCAGAUGUCUUCCCCGACCCCUGCCCAGGGACCUACAAAUACCUGGAGGUCCAGUAUGAGUGUGUUCCCUACAGUCCAUGCCCAACCAGAAUAGGACCAAGAACACAGAAUGUAUCCUAUCGCAACUGCCCUGAAGUGGAGCAAAAAGUUUUUCUUUGUCCUGGGACUCUGAAAGCUGUCGGUGAACCUUCCUUUAUAUUUGAAGCGGAGCAGCAAGCUGGAGCCUGGUGCAAAGACCCACUGCAAGCCGGCGACAAAAUCUACUUCAUGCCUUGGACUCCGUACCGAACAGACACUCUAAUCGAGUACUCCUCCUUGGAUGACUUUCAAAAUGCCCGUCAAACCAUCACCUACAAGCUGCCGCACCGGGUGGAUGGGACUGGAUUUGUGGUCUACGACGGGGCGGUGUUUUUCAACAAGGAGCGUACCCGAAACAUCGUGAAGUUUGACCUGCGGACUCGAAUCAAAAGCGGUGAGGCGAUCAUCAACAACGCCAACUACCACGACACGUCGCCCUACAAGUGGGGAGGAAAAACAGACAUUGACCUGGCGGUGGAUGAGAACGGGCUGUGGGUGAUUUAUGCCACAGAGCAGAACAAUGGUAUGAUGGUGAUCAGCCAGCUGAACCCCUACACGCUACGAUUUGAAGCUACCUGGGAAACGACCUAUGACAAGCGCUCAGCCUCCAAUGCCUUCAUGGUCUGUGGAGUACUCUAUGUGGUCCGCUCCACCUACGAAGACAAUGAAAGUGAAGUCAGCAAGAGCCUGAUUGAUUAUAUUUACAAUACCAAACAGAACCGUGGGGAAUACGUUGAUAUCCACUUUCCCAACCAGUACCAGUACAUUGCAGCUGUGGAUUAUAAUCCGCGAGAUAACCAGCUCUAUGUGUGGAAUAACUUUUACAUCCUGAGGUACAACUUGGAGUUUGGCCUGCCUGAUCCGGCACAUGCACCGCCGUUUUCAGAAGUCACCACGACUCCGCCUACAAAAACGACAACCACCACAACAACAACCACGGUGCACUGGGGUGUGGACAACAAUACCACCACAACAGGGUACAAGGAGCGCAGCAGGGGAACGCCCAGGCCACGUCCUGUAAUCCCACAGACUCCUUCCCCUCCGCCCCUGGAGUCUUUCCCUUUACCUGAACGCUUCUGCAAGGCAAUUGAGAAAAGAGACAUAAUGUGGCCUCAGACCCAGAGGGGCAUGCUUGUUGAGCGACCUUGUCCCAAGGGAACACGAGGCACAGCAUCUUAUUUAUGUGUCCUUUCCACCGGGGACUGGCACCCAAAGGGCCCUGAUCUCAGCAACUGCACCUCCCACUGGGUCAACCAAGUAGCCCAGAAGAUCCGCAGCGGUGAAAACGCGGCUAACUUGGCCAAUGAAUUAGCCAAGCACACCAAAGGACCCAUCUUUGCCGGGGACGUCAGCUCCUCAGUGCGCCUGAUGGAGCAGCUGGUGGACAUCCUGGAUGCGCAGCUGCAGGAGCUCAGACCCAGCGAGAAGGAUUCUGCAGGACGGAGCUUCAACAAGCUCCAAAAGCGAGAAAGGACAUGCAGGGCAUACAUGAAGGCCAUCGUGGACACGGUGGAUAACCUUCUGCGACCAGAGGCGCUCAAAUCCUGGCAGGACAUGAACAGCACCGAGCAAACUCACGCAGCCACCAUGUUACUGGAUACUUUGGAGGAAGGGGCCUUCGUCCUCGCCGACAACCUCAUGGAACCGGCUAUUGUCAAAGUCCCAGCAGAUAAUAUAAUCCUGGAAGUGUAUGUUCUCAGCACGGAUGGCCAGGUCCAGGAUUUCAAAUUUCCACAGAUCGGCAAAAGCGGCAUCUCAAUCCAGCUCUCAGCCAAUACUGUUAAGCUCAACAGUCGGAAUGGAGUUGCCAAACUGGUUUUCAUGCUCUACAAAAACCUGAGCCAGUUCCUCAGCACAGAAAACGCCACCAUCAAGAUGGACAAUGACGCCUACGCCCGCAACGUCUCGGUAGCCGUCAACUCGGACAUCAUCGCCGCCUCAAUCAACAAAGAGUCUAGCCGCGUGUUCAUAAAUGACCCCGUGAUUUUUACCCUGGAGCACAUUGAUAUGGAGCACUACUUCAACUCCAAUUGCUCCUUCUGGAAUUACUCUGAGAGAAGCAUGAUGGGCUACUGGUCCACCCAAGGCUGCAAACUCCUGGACUCCAAUAAAACACACACCACCUGCUCAUGCAGCCAUCUCACCAACUUUGCCAUCCUCAUGGCACACCGUGAAACCUCGGCCAGCAGUGAAGUGCACGAGCUGCUCCUGACCGUCAUCACUCGCGUCGGCAUCGUGGUGUCCCUCGUCUGCCUCAUGAUCAGCAUCUUCACCUUCUGUUUCUUCCGGGGCCUGCAGAGCGAUCGCAACACCAUCCACAAGAACUUGUGCAUUAAUCUCUUCAUUGCAGAGUUAAUAUUCCUAAUUGGUAUCGAUAUGACGGAACCCAGGAUUGGCUGUGCCAUCAUUGCGGGGAUCCUGCACUUCUUCUUCCUAGCUUCCUUCUCCUGGAUGUGUCUUGAGGGAGUCCAGCUGUACCUCAUGCUUGUAGAAGUCUUUGAGAGCGAAUACUCGCGGAAAAAGUAUUACUACGUGUCUGGUUACCUCUUCCCUGCCAUCGUUGUCGGCGUCUCAGCAGCUAUUGACUACAGGAGCUACGGGACCAAGAAAGCGUGCUGGCUAAGUGUGGAUAAUCAUUUCAUAUGGAGUUUUAUAGGACCUGUCACCUGUAUCAUCAUGCUCAAUCUCAUCUUCCUGGUGAUCACAAUGUACAAAAUGGUGAAGCACUCCACCACCCUGAAACCAGACUCUAGCCGACUGGAGAAUAUAAAAUCCUGGGUCAUGGGUGCUUUUGCUCUGCUGUGUCUGCUCGGUCUCACCUGGUCUUUUGGGCUCUUCUUCAUCAGCGAGGCCUCGAUUGUUAUGGCGUACCUCUUCACCAUAUUCAACACCUUCCAAGGAAUGUUUAUCUUCAUUUUCCACUGCCUUCUCCAGAAAAAAGUCCGCAAAGAGUACAGCAAGUGCUUCCGCCACACGUACUGCUGCGGAGGGCUGCCGACUGAGAGCUCGCACGGUUCUGCGAAGACUUCCACCACACGGACCAGCGCACGCUACUCCUCUGGCACACAGAGUCGUAUCAGGAGAAUGUGGAAUGACACCGUAAGAAAGCAAUCUGAGUCCUCCUUUAUCUCAGGUGACAUCAACAGCACCUCCACCCUUAACCAAGGAAUGACCGGGAACUAUCUACUAACAAAUCCUCUCCUGCGACCACAAGGCACUAACAACCCUUAUAACACCUUACUGGCUGAGACAGUCGUAUGUAACACUCCCACAGCUCCAGUGUUUAAUUCACCAGUGACCUACAGAGAGACAAGGCACUCACUGAACAAUGCGGUGAGGGACACAAGUGCAAUGGAUACUCUACCGCUAAAUGGUAACUUUAAUAAUAGCUACUCGCUCCGUAAUGGGGACUUUGGCGACAGUGUGCAGGUAGUAGACUGCGGCCUGAGUCUGGACGAUGCUGCCUUUGAGAAAAUGAUAAUCUCAGAGCUAGUACACAACAACCUGCGUGCCUGUAAUAAAAGCCACCAACAGCAACAGCAGCAGCACCACAGUUUACAUCAUCCACCCCACCACCAGCAGCCACCGCAGUACCACCAUCACCACCACACGGAGCGGGCUCCGCCCAAGGUGACGGUGGUAGGUGGAAGCAGCAGCGAAGAUGACGCUAUUGUGGCCGACGCUUCGUCUCUGGUCCACGUGGGUGACACGGUGGGCCUCGAGCUGCACCAGGAGCUGGAGGCACCUCUCAUCCCCCAGCGGACUCACUCGCUUCUGUAUGCACCCCAGAAGAAGGUGAGGACCGAUGGGGGAGUCGAUACGUUUGUCAGCGAGCUGACACCCACCAAUCCCGAUGAUAGUCUGCAGUCCCCAAACAGGGACUCCCUGUACACUAGUAUGCCUAAUCUGAAAGACUCUCCGUACCCCGAGAGCAGCCCUGAUGUUGUGGAGGACCUGUCCCCCUCCAAAAGGAGCGAGAAUGAGGACGUUUACUACAAGAGUAUGCCUAACUUGGGGGGUGGCCAGCAGCUCCAAGCCUAUUACCAGAUAGGCCGAGGGAGCAGUGAUGGUUACAUUAUUCCCAUUACUAAAGAGGACAGCAUCCCUGAAGGCGACGUACGAGAAGGACAGAUGCAGUUAGUGACAAGCCUUUAAAUGUAUUUAAAUCAUCCCCAGACCGUUCCCAGCCUUCCUGCAGCCCUGAACUCUUGGAGGACAUUAUAAAAGGGAAGGGAGGCAUUUUUCUUUGUUUUUUUUAAUGGGGUUUUUUUGUUUGUUUGUUUGGGGUUUGUUUGCUUUUUUGACGAGAGCUUAAAAGCCCCGCCAUUUACACUUAGCCAUUUGCAAACCUACAUCUCCAUUGCCAUCUUCUUUUCAUGCCACCCUUCCUAACUUCCCUGCAGACCAAUAGACUUGGAGCACAGCUAUGGCAGUGCAGAGUUUUAAUGAGACUGUACAUAAAAUGCAGAGUUAAAUUUCAAUUUUAAGAGACAAGCCAACUAUGUAUUUAAAUGUGCUGCUGCUGUUGAUUAAUUGAGAAAAUUUUAAGGUACGAAAAUUUAAAAAAAAAUGUAAAAAAAAAGGAAAAAAAAAAAAAGGAAAAAAAGAGAGAGCGAGAAAGAAUCAAUACUGGCUACAUCCAAUCAGCAACCUCCCAGUCAAAAGGCUGUACAUACACUCCCCAACAACCUAGCUGAAGCCUGUUUUUUUCUUUUUUGUUAUUUUUUUUUUAAAUAUUGUAUACAGAACAGUACCCCUGGACCAGGACAUGGACAUGUUUGCAAAAUGUUCCUGAUCAAACUGUUAGAAAAGGAAUAUAAGGUCCUGAUCGGUCUCCAUCACCAUCAAGUUUGGAUUGUAUAACCACUAGCAAUCAAGCCCCUGGCCUUAUAUUUUCUCAACUGUAACUUGAACUGUUGUCAAGGAAAAAUGGCUAAAAUAUAUAUUUUGUUGUAUUGCUAGUGUAAAAUAAAAAAAUUCAAUGGGAAACCAUAAAUAUGAAGAAACCUUAUAAUUGCAAAAUCUAACGUUUGAGAGACUAUUGUGUAGAAGUUGCACAUAUGUUAUACAGUGUGUUUAUGGUUCCAACACUUCAUUCAUGGUAGUGCGUUUGAACGUUAAGGCUUAUAAAAAGAGAGAUCGAGUCAACUAAUUACAAAGAUGCAUUAUCACCUUUUCCAUUUGUGAACAGUGUUUUUUUCUUCCAUCGAUAUCGCCCAUGUUUAAAUAUGUUUAUUUGACUUUGCCAUUUACUUUGGUAGAAUGGGAAUGCAAAAACCCCAGUUAAGGUGACUUAUGCAUUGCACAGUUUUUUGUGUAAUUCUGGCAGAUAUAGAUCUUUUUAAGUAACGGCAGAGUGGUGGGCAAGCGCAAAUGAAACGAGCGACUUUGAACAAUAAAGUUCCUAUCAUAAAUGUAGUUCUUCCGCUUGGGUUUGGAUAUUUUAUUUAUUAAAAUCUUUCCAAAAAAAAAAAAGAAUAAAUAAAUGGGAAAUGUGUGAAUAUUUUCCAGCACUGGUAUACAUGCUGUACUGUAGCUCAUGUUUUUUAUGUAAACAUGUUACCAAGGGGCUCUUCACUUAAGACUGAUGUAAAGUUCAACACUUGUUUAACAAAUAAAAUAAAUGUGAGAUUUUUUGUCAAA